AUGGCCAGUGGGUUCUAUUCGGACAUGGACUUCCACCUGAAGCUCUGCCUGUGGCUGCGCAGUUGCUGUACUAAGGGAGCAGCAAACUAUCAUUCCGAUGAGAUUGCUGCCCUGCUUGACAUCAUUGAGGAAGAGCUCCUGGUCAGUGGGAAAGGUUGGGCUAAGGUCAGCAGCUUUCACCGUGAGUGGACAAAGGAAAAUAGCUUCCAUGCCUGCGCAGACAGGUCACUUGAAGCCAAGUUCAAGCAGCUCGUUAAAACAACCAAGCCAACUGGUGAUGCAGAGUGUUCACCAGUGGUCGAACAUGCCUAUACCAUUGACAGCCUCAUCAAUGAGAAGGUCGGCACAUGGAACCUUGACGAUGAAGAUAUUGAUGAUCAUGUCUCUGGUUCUGAAGCCUCUGACAAUAGUGACAAGGAAAACAAUGAUGAAGAUGAUGCACCGCCAUCUAAGAGGCCUCACGUUAUGAAGCCAGCACCUGCGCAAGUCCACACGGUGAACCUGGCUCCAGCUAAAUGCAUGCGCAUGUUUGUCAGUGCUGGACUUGAGACUCUUAAUAGGAUCUCAGCAAGUCUCGACUCCACUAUACAGGCUGCGCGCACUUCUGAGUGUGCUGCUGCGUCAUUUCAAAAUGUGCAGUUCAUCCAUGCCAUUCAUGAUUGCUGGGAGCCAUCGCCACCUUGUCAUUGCCGUGACCCCCAUGUCCAACAUACCCCCCAAUGCCACUUCCAGGAGCUCUAUGCAGAUGGCUCGCAUAGCUUUUGGGGUUAUCUGGAGGACACACCUGCGAUUGAUCCCAACCACACAUUACUGUCAUAUUAA